AUGGCUUCACAAAUUUGCUCGCAAAUGGGCAAACUUUCAAUUUCUAAAGUUUUGGAGGGAACCCUCGGAAAUCAUGGCUUUAAAAUCAUGUAUCGAUCCAUCAAUAAGAAUACAUUCAUUUCUCCGUGGCAUGAUAUUCCACUUCAAGCAAGUGCUAAUCAUUACUAUUUUGUUAAUGAAAUUCCAAUGCACACUCUGAAAAAGAUGGAAGUCAAUACAAAGGAGCAAUUUAAUCCAAUAAUUCAAGAUGAAAAGAAGGGAAAACUCAGAGAAUUUACUUAUAGACUUGAUGCUGGUGGAAUUCCUUUCAAUUACGGAAUGCUUCCUCAAACUUGGGAAGAUCCAAAGAAAUUAAUUCAUGUUCCUUUUGGACAAGUUAAGGAUGGUGUUUAUCAACCAACUGUUGCUGUUCAAGGUGACAAUGAUCCAAUUGAUGUUGUGGAAAUUAGUGAUGUUGCUUUGGAAAUGGGAGAAGUUUAUAAAAUCAAAGUUUUUGGAAUUCUUGCAAUGAUUGAUGAAGGUGAAAUGGAUUGGAAAGUUAUUGGUAGAGUUGUUUCAGAAUCUGAAACCUCAACACAACAACCAGAUGAAGAUUUACAGGACAUUUAUGAUAUUCCAAAGGGAAAGAUUAAUGAUAUCAUUGAUUGGUUUAGAAUGUACAAGACUACCGAUGGAAAACCUGAAAAUCAUUUUGGAUUCAAUACCACAGUUUUAGAUAAGGCCUAUGCUAAGCACAUUAUCAACCAAACUCACAAACAUUGGAGUGCCAUGUCAAAAUAA